UAAUGUAUCGGAUCGUUGGCAGUGCAUCGAAAUGUGUAUCGCAUCGUCCUCAGUGAUGGAGAUGUACAUCCCUAGCAGCUAUGCACCUCCCGAGACUACCUGCCCGGAAGUAAACAGAACCUCGAUGUUGUUCACAUCCGACAGGAGUUAGGCGUCGCUACUUUUAAACACUAAGGAAGGACCCGGGUGCUAAUAGCUAACCUCGUUGUGCAGAGUAGCCUAUCCCUUUUACUCCACCAAGAUGUCAAAGCUAGAUUUGUUUAGAGGAUUUAUCCGUGAGAGACUAUCAACGGCAGCUUUGGAGAUUUUCGCGGUCGUUGAAAAAACGUUUGCUGAGUUCCAAGAAGAAAUGUAUAAUUCCAAGGAGGAGAGCGCGCGGCUCAAACAAUUGUUGGACAUUGUUACUCCACCGGAGAUCAAGAUACACCGAAUAGAAGUGCAGCAGCUCUCUCUCCCAGAGCCCCCACAGAAUAAAGAGGAACAGGAGAUGUGGACCAGUCAGGAGGAAGAGUUGCUCAAAGGACUGCAGUCUGAAACUACAGAUCCUAGAUUUACAGAGGAGUCUAAGUUUUUAAACAUCAGAAUGUCUCAAUUAAAUGUGAUAAGAGAACUUUGUGGUGAAAUACUGACAACGGCAGCUUUGAAGAUUUACUGGGCUUCUGAGAAACCGCUUGCAGUGUACCAGGAAGAAAUCUCUCGUUCCAAGGAGGAGAGCGCAUGGCUACAACGGCUGUUGGACGUUGUUACUCAACCUGAGAUCAAGCUACAACAAACAGAUGUGCAGCAGCUCUCUCGCCCGGAGCCCCCACAGAUUAAAGAGGAACAGGAACUGUGGACCAGUCAGGAGAAAGACCAGCUCCAAGGACUGCAGUCUGAAACUACAGACACCAUAUUCACUUCUCUCAGUGUGGAACAUUAUUCUGAUCUGGAGAGCUCCUCUAAAUGUUCAGAUUUUGUCCAGACUGUUAAAGUGGAGGACAGAGAAGGAGACUCUCUACCCACCAACACAACUGAGGAGCAAAUCAACGAAGAGCCUCAUGUACAAGACUAUGCAGCACCAGAACCAGGCAGUGACUCUCAGCCCCUCUCUGUUGUAGCUCCAGACUGUCCUGCAGCUCAGAGUUUGGAGGAGGAGGAACAUGGAGGAGUGCUGCUUUUACAGAACAGAACACAAAACAAUGAGGCUCUUCCAAGGGACAAUAGACCACAGGGAAGUCACACAGGAAAAACAAUACAUCAGUGUCAACAAUGUAACAAAACUUUUAUAUCUGAAUCUUUUUUGAUUAUGCACAUGAGAACACACACAGGAAAGAAACCUUUUCAGUGUCAAAAAUGUAACAAACAAUUUGCUCAGAAAUGUAAUCUUGUUGGUCACAUGAGAACACACUCAGGAGAGAAACCUUUCCAUUGUCAACAAUGUAACAAACGAUUUGCUUACAAAGGUAGUGUUGUUGGUCACAUGAGAACACACACAGGAGAGAAACCUUUCCAGUGUCCACAAUGUAACAAACGAUUUGCUCACAAAGGUAGUGUUGUUGGUCACAUGAGAACACACACAGGAGAGAAACCUUUUCAGUGUCAACAAUGUGACAAACAAUAUGCUGACAAAAAAAGUAUUGUUGGUCACAUGAGAAAACACACAGGAGAGAAACCAUAGUGUGAAUGAUGUAAUGUUUUAUGCCAGUAGACCAGUUUGGUUUAUCUAUUGAGAAAUUAUACGAGUUUGAAUUGAUUUCCUGUCCAGUGGGUAUUUAUAUGCUUUACUUCCUCCCUUGUUGUAUGUGCUGGUGCCAAGCAAGGAGCACCUUCCACCUUAGAUACCGUUACCUUCCACUUUAGAUAUUUUCGAAAAGGUUUCGAAAGGUUGAAAAAAAAAUUCUGAACAUAUACAUACAUCAACAGCAUCACUCUUUGCUAUAUAAAUGUCCAGAUUGUAAUUUAUAGGGGGGGGAUAUUUUCCUCAGGCCUACAGGAAAAUAUUUCCCUGUGUUCUUAGUGUAAAAGACUGAAUAAACUUGUUACACGUAAUGAUCACAGUGACAAAAAUCACCAGCAUAACUGUAUUGCGUACAAAAUCAUCCACCGGUAAUAUACAGGGGGGAACCACUUUCAUCAGGCCUCCAGGGAAAUCUGUUCCCCCUGUGUUCUCAGUGUAAAAGACUAAUGUCAAAUAUUUAACAAAUAUUUUCUACAAAAAGUUUUGAAAUGUUGAAAAUAAAUUAUUUUAAAAAAUGGGUUUGCAUCAAUAAUGUGUACAGUACAUAUUUAAACCUUUUAUGACCUUUUUUAUUGUAAUUUCUUUUUCAACCUUCCAAAACCUUUUUUUCAGGCCUCCAGGGAAAUCUGUUCCCCCUGUGUUCUCAGUGUAAAAAACUACUGUUCUCUAUUUUACUCUGCUCUGCUUUACUCUACUCUGUUAUAGGCUUCUCUGUUCUCCUCUUCUUACACUGUGGAAAAAAGGUUUUGAAAGGUGGAAAAUAAUAUCUUUUGAAAUGUUGAAAAAGUACUUCAUUAAAAAAAUCUAUCAAUAAAAUGUUUUGAAAAAAAGGUUUUAAAGGUUUUAAGUUUUGAAUAAAAACGUUUUCAAAAGGUUUUAAAAACGUUUUGGAAAACGUUUCUAUAGGUCAACCAAGUUGUUUUUUACUUCAUUAAUUCAAAUUAUUUAUUGUAGUCCCUUUAGUCUCUGCACCUUUUGUAUAGUAUAGUUAGACUUGUUUAAACUUACACCACUUAUUUAAGAUUUACCCCAAUAUGUUGAAUUUACGCACCCUCCUGCCACAGUAAAUUCCUUGUCUGUGUAAACUUUCAUGGAAAUUAAAACCCUUUCUGAUUCUGAUAUGAAAAGCAUACCCAUCUGAAACAGGUAUCUAAUCAGACUGAUCAACUUCUGAGAAUAGAGAAGGGAAAGGUAAACAUGUGAAAAGUGCUUUAUAACUACUUCAUAAUAGCAUAUCACAUUCAUCAAGUAUUGAGUUGUUCCAUUAGUAUGUUUUCAUAUGUUCUUUAGAUUUCAAUACAACUGACAGAUUACUAAUUGGUCAACAUUUUGCCAUAAAAGCUCUAGUUGCCUGUUGCUUUGAUAACUUAAAAGCGAUAGCCUACAUAUUUUUGGGCGAUCUGGUAACUUUAAUUUAACUUUAAUGAAAUAUAAAUUGGAGCUUUUACUUUGAAAUAUAU